AUGGCGCCGACUGCCCCUCCCAAAGCCGAAGCCAAAGCAAAGGCUUUGAAGGCAAAGAAAGCAGUGUUGAAAGGCGUCCACAGCCACACAAAAAAGAAGAUCCGCACGUCACCCACUUUCCGACGGCCAAAGACACUAAGGCUCCAGAGGCAGCCUAAAUACCCUCGGAAGAGAGCACCCAGGAGAAACAAGCUUGACCACUAUGCCAUCAUCAAAUUCCCGCUGACCACCGAGUCAGCCAUGAAGAAGAUAGAAGACAACAAUACACUGGUGUUCACUGUGUUCAAGGCCAACAAGGACCAGAUCAAACAGGCUGUGAAGAAGCUCUAUGACAUUGAUGUGGCCAAGGUCAACACCCUGAUCAGGCCUGAUGGCGAGAAGAAGGCAUAUGUUCGACUGGCUCCUGACUAUGAUGCUUUGGAUGUUGCCAACAAAAUUGGAAUCAUCUAAACUGAGUCCAGCUGCCUAAUUCUA